AUGCCCGCGGGGAUGUUCAGCAUAGACAGCAUCCUGUCCGGCCGGCCGACAUGCAAGGAGCCGCUGCUGCUGCACCGCAGCGGCCCGGUGGUGCUGUCCGCCGGCCUCUCGGACUCUAUCUACACCGAUUACAACGGACUGUACUCGGCCACAUGCGGGCCUUCUCCCCCCGGCGUUCAGUCCGUGAACGGGACCCGGAUAGGAUAUAACGGCUACUACUACGGACAGCUGCACGUCCAGGGCGCCGGAGGGGCGCCGCCGUGCUGCGGCUCAGUGCCCGGCCUCAGCCCGCAGCAGUGCCCGUGCAUCCCGGCAGGCUACGACAGCCCGGGCUCGGUGCUGAUCUCCCCGGUCCCGCACCAGAUGAUGUCCUACAUGAACAUGGGCAGCCUGUCGCGGACCGAGCUGCAGCUCCUCAACCAGCUGCACUGCCGCAGGAAGCGGCGGCACCGCACCAUCUUCACCGACGAGCAGCUGGAGGCCCUGGAAGGCCUCUUCCAGGAGACCAAGUACCCGGACGUCGGCACUCGGGAGCAGCUGGCCCGCAAGGUCCACCUCCGGGAGGAGAAGGUCGAGGUUUGGUUCAAAAACAGACGCGCAAAGUGGAGGAGGCAGAAGCGCUCCUCUUCAGAGGAGUCAGAGAACUCUCAGAAAUGGAACAAAACGGCCAAAACGUCCGCGGAGAAACCCGAGGAGGCUAAAAGCGAGGUGGACUCGGACAGCUGA